AUUAACUUUUUAACUUUAAUAUUUAAUUUUUAACUUUUUAACUAGUUACUACCUAAGCUUACAUAUUAUUUUAUUGUUGAUUUUUGUGUGUUUGACUUACAAGUGUUACGAUUAUUAGAGCAUAUGGGAAUAUAUUUCAGCAAUAUUAUAGAAACGUUACAAAUUUAAAAUGUUCUGUACGGGAGCAAUCUUUUUGUUCAAGCCUUUUUCUAAUUCUUAAAGCUAUAAAGUUAGAAGAUAAUUUAACCCGGGAUUAAUGUUAAUUUUGCAUUGGUGCGAACAGGUCGUAAUUAUAUUCAAGCUAUUCAAGUCCACUUCCAUGCAACACGCUCUGUUCGAGGAAAGUCGGACAUUGCGAUAUCCAUCAACAUCGUAUAAACGUUCACGCAACGUCUCUCAGACGAGAUGUAUUGUGCGAGUUUUGUUAUCAUUAAAAUCCCAUGAAUUAAUAAAAAAAAACGUGUAUCAAUUCUAAAGAAAGAAAGCGCAAAAAAGGGAAGAAAGGUAAAAAAAAAAAAGAAAAUUGGAAAGGAUAAAAAGGAUGUUUUAGCUUUCUUUUCUCGAGUUAAUCUUCUCGAUGAUCACAAAAAAGUUCUACCGCAAGGUAUCGGAGAGAGGGAAAGGUCGUCGAAGUACAAGGGGAAGGGAAAGAUGUUGCAGGACGACGCGCAGCGCUCUCUAGCGCUAACGCGCCGAGCUAAGCCUGCUCCAGGAGGAAGUCGCGUACUUGUGAGUCCCGCACGAGUUGCAAAACGAUAAUACACAGGUUGCGUACGGCGAUCGCGAGGAGUUUACGCUUCUCCCUUGGCCGUCCUUGAUUACGCUCUACAUCCGAGCGACGCUCGCGAGUGAUGGGGAAGACGAGGACGGGCAAAGCCGCCGUGAUAUGCACGGCGGUGGCGUUCGUUCUGGUGGUGAUCGCGUUCACCACACCCAACUGGCUGGAGACCGACGGGAAACUGGAUAAUCCGCAAUUCGUCAAGAUCGGUCUCUGGCAAGUGUGUUUUCAAGGGUUCCAGGAUCCACGUCACCUCUACGACACCAGAUUCUACGGCUGUUGGUGGGUGUUUGAGGAGGAGUAUUACAUUAUACACGACAUACUUCUGCCCGACUUCUUCGUCGCCACACAAUUCUUCUUCACGCUAUGCCUGACCCUGUUGCUGAUCGGAAGCUUCCUGACUAUCUUGUACACUUGCUGUUCGCGUCAUCACAACAAGUAUCAGCUGCUCCUGUGGGCGACCGGUGGCAAUUUAACUUUGGCAGGAGUGUGCGGCGUUAUAUCGGUGAUUAUAUUCGGGGCGAGGGGUGACGGACGAGAUUGGAUGCCCAAUUGGGAGCACAACGAUAUCGGCUGGUCCUAUGCCCUGGCCGUCGUGGGCAGCGUCACCCUGAUAGCCGCCGGUAUCCUGUACCUGAUCGAGGGACGGAGACACAGGAAGAAGCAGGAGCAGAUAUUGAACGAGGAACAGAAAACGCAUACAACUAUUUAGCAUAUUUUUACAUCGUAAUCCAACAAGGAGUACGAAUAUUCGCGACACCAAUUGAUCGCGUGAAUCCAUUGAAUACGUAUCAUGGAUAAAUCUUUGAAGACUAAUAAUUUUAUAUUGUUACACGUCCACUCAUCGUAACAUUAUACGCAGUACUUGUCAUAAGUGUGAAAACAUCCUACAUUUUGCAGGUAAACAAUCGCAUGACUGCACAUGCUUUAAAAAUUUUGAAAACAUUGUUUGUACGAAUUCGAAGCUUUAUAAUAAAUAUUUUUAUCCUUUUUUUUUCAUAAAUCCUUUAGUUUAGAAGUUACAAAAAUUUUCAUACAAAAAAAUUCAAUAUUGUUGUUAAAAAAUUAUCGUACCAAUGUUUUCCAAGAAACAUUUUAAAGCUUAGACAGUUCAUUUUAAAAUACUUUCAUAUUAAUUUUAUCCGAUAUUUCAUUAGCCUGCAGCGCUCAAAGUAAAGUAUUGCGAAAAAUAUCAAUCUUCAAUAUUUUUAUAUAAUUUAGAAAUUUUAAAAAGAAUUCUGUCUUUGCUCUUUAAAAUGUAUAGUUGAAAGCUUCUGUACACUUUUUUUCAUCGAGAUAUCUAAUUUUUUGUGAAAUACCAAAAAUAGCAAGUGUUCCCAACUUAUGGAGGGUACUCUAGAAGCUGUCGAUGUGUUGUCUAAAAGAUUAUACAUAAUUCAAAUAGAGUAAGAUACGCGGAGCCACUUUACACGAUUAUCCUUGCGUUAAAGAUUUAAAUUAUAUAAAACAUUUUAUUACAAAAAAAAUGAUACACGACUAGAUUCUAUCCUAAGUGCUAUUAAAUGUGUCGACGUGACGCACAUAUCUAAAAUAAUCCGUCCAUUUAUCUGCAUUGUUUUUUAAAAACGUUCGUAGAUACUAAUUUUAUACAUGUACAUAAGUUCUAUAGAUAUAUAUUAUAUAUAUUAAUGUUGCGAGAGAAAUGAAUCUCCGAAACUUGUAUACCGAAAUACAGAUGAUAAUAAAAUAAUUUUUCCUAAUAA